AUGUUUAAUAGCUUUAAGAAUCUGUCCAUAUGGAGGACAGAUGCGGAGUCACUACCUCCUGCUCCUGCUGCUGCUACUGUUGCUGCUGCACAACCAGAUGAUCAAUCUCAACAACAACAGCAAAACAAUGAUAAUAGUAGUAAUACAGUAAAUGAGACACAAGAUGGUGAACAACAGCCACAACAACAACAAUCAAUGUUUGGUUUAAAUAGAGUAUCAACUGAUACAUUCAAGAGUAUUGGAUCCAAGUUCUCAAUGUUUGCAUCUAAUGUUAUAUCAAAGAUUGAUGAGGAGAGGAAGAAGUUGAUGGAGGAGAGUGAACAGAGUGAUAGGGUACGUGCUAUAUUGAAUGAGCCAUUGCCACCUUGGAUGGACUUUAAGUUGGACGAUCAAGCCAGACAGAGAGAGGCAGUUGACAAGAUACUAGAUGUAAAGAUGAGCAAGAAGACCUUCUUGACAUCACCUCCAAUCGACUCUGACUACUGUCAAGAGUUUGACACUGCCCUUAUCCAAAUAGCCACUGUCUCUCUCAAGUAUGACAGGCAACUAGAGAAGAUAAGAUUCCUACUUGUACCAAGAUUUAUAUCAGAGGAACAGUUCUGGAAGAAUUGGUAUUAUAGAGUGACAUUGAUUAGACGUGAAUAUAACAUUGUAUCCAAUGUGUUGACAGCACCAAGCAAGGCCACACCAUCAUCAUCCUCAUCAAGCAAUGUACAUAGUGAUAAUAAUGACAGGGAUACAUCAACAUCAACAACAACAACAACAACAAUGGACAAUAAUGCUGGAGGUGGUACCAACAACAACAACAACAACAACAACCAAUUGAUAACAUUUACAGACAGUAGUAGUAGUGAUAUAAGCAAUUGGGAGAAGGAGUUGAUGACCGAACUGGAUGGAUUCAAGAGUGAUAAUAUAGACCUAUCGAUGAACAAUGACCUUUUGCUCGAUGAUGAGGAUGAGGAUACGGACAUUGGUAAUUUAAAGUCUACAACAACGACAACGACAACAGGUGAUAAGAAGAAGGAAAAUGAGACAACCGACAACGACGAAGAUGAAGAUGAAGAGGUUGACUCUGACGCAGUGAUCGAUGAGGAGUUGGAACGAGAGGUGGCAAGAAUGAAGUUGACACCAAACAAUGGCGAGGACGAGUCCGAGGAUGACUUGCUCAAGGAGAUUGAGGCUGAGAUAUCGAGCAGCUCAGCCGACCAGCUGACACCAGGCGUAACAGGACUCACCUCCAGCACAGACAACGACGUGCCACGAGCUCAACUCGAAUAA